GACUGAGUGCUCAAAUGACGCAAACCUCUUGAAUUCUCUCUCUCCCCGUCACUUGCUCUGCUCAAAUUCAACGGUUGAAAACUUGUUUGCCAUAUCUGAAACUCCCCAGAACCGUUGGUUUAGAUAUGAUGAUGAUGCAUUGGUGGGUCACUCGUUCUCUUUGUGAUUAUAUAGUGUUGCUGCAUGGCAGCAUUCUUAGGGGCUAGCUCAGAAGGUAACUCUCACUGUAAAGCGUAAUUAUCGCCGUCUCUGUUACAGUCCCACGACUCUGCUAAUGGCGGUUUUUCUAUGGGAUUUGCAUACACAGAGAGAGAGAAUGGUGAGUUUCAAUGACUUGUGGACAAAGAAGACUCUGCUGGGUCUUGUAUUGGGGCAGUUUCUGUCGCUUUUGAUCACUUCGACGGGUUUUUCAUCUUCAGAGCUUGCCAGAAGAGGAAUCAACGCACCAACAUCACAAUCCUUUGCCAAUUAUGUGCUUUUGGCUAUUAUCUAUGGAGCCAUGUUAAUCCACCGAAGGAAAGGACUCAAGGCAAAAUGGUAUUAUUAUAUACUCCUUGGUAUAGUAGAUGUGGAGGCCAACUAUCUUGUGGUGAAGGCCUAUCAAUACACGUCUCUGACUAGUGUGAUGUUGCUCGAUUGUUGGACAAUCCCAUGUGUCAUAUUCCUUACCUGGUUUUUCUUGAAGACAAAAUACAGGCUGAAAAAGUUUGCUGGUGUGGCAAUUUGUGUUACUGGUCUCGUUAUGGUUAUUUUUUCAGAUGUCCAUACACAAGACAGAUCUGCUGGCAGCAGCCCUGUCAAAGGAGAUUUUCUUGUGAUUGCUGGGUCUGUGCUUUAUGCAGUCAGUAAUGUUAGUGAGGAGUUUCUAGUGACAAAUGCUGACAGAGUUGAGCUGAUGGCAAUGUUGGGCUUAUUUGGAGCUAUUGUUAGUGCUUGCCAAAUAAGCAUACUCGAGCGUCAGGAGUUACAGUCAAUCCAAUGGUCUGCUGGGGCAGUGCUUCCUUUUAUUGGCUUUGCAUUGGCAAUGUUUCUCUUUUACUCAUUUGUGCCCAUCUUGCUAAAGCAUAAUGGGUCCACCAUGCUAAACCUCUCUCUGCUUAGCUCAGACAUGUGGGCUGUCUUGAUUCGCAUCUUUGCAUAUGGUGAAAAGGUUGACUGGAUGUACUUCAUUUCCUUUGCUGCCGUUGCUGUUGGACUCAUUAUCUAUUCAUGGGGUUCAAAGGAAGAUGACAAGAGCAAAGUUCGAGUUGCAGAGGACACUGCUGAACAAAGCAAUACCAUGGAUGAGGAGGCUGCAAUAGGGAUUCCAGAUCAAGGAUCUACAGUUGGGAGCUCUAAACCAGGUGAUGGUAAAUAUGACAUUGGUCCCAGUACUCUUCAGGGAUUAAUUGCGCCAAUUGGAAAAAAGAACAUUUUAGAAGAUGCACAAGGAAACACAUAUUGAUAGAAAGAGGGGGAAAUCGGUUUAUGGAAAUUUGAGAAGGUUCUACUGACAUGCUUACUGCCAAUGCAAGAUGACAGAGAAGCAGUGCAAGCAUGCUGGUAAAGGAUGCUGUUGCCCAUACUUGGUGUGAAUAAUGCAUAGCUGCCAUAUAGCUUCAUUUUGAAACCAAAGCAGAUCAACAUAAUCAGUUAAAUUGAUUUGGUCAAUAACCAUGUCAAUUACGUUGAGGGUUGUCUCAAUUUACGUCCUUCCCUUUUUUUUUCGUAUUUUUUCCCUGUUGGUAGAUAGUCCCUUACCCUCUCCCCCCCACCCCCACCCCCACCCGCACCCCAAAAAAAAAAAAAUAUGUCCUUAGGGGCUCUCAAGGAAAAGUAUGUUGGUACUUAAGGUCUGUUAUCAUUUUAAGGAAGCUUUUGGCAAUUAUCAAUCAUGUUGAUUCCGGAAGGCUUUUAAGUUUUUGACUGAUUUUGGGAAAAAGAUGUAAUGCAAAACAAUCUGAGAGCAUGGAAAUCAGAAUGCCUCGAGAGAAGAGAGUUUGGGGGGGGGGGACACUUUUGUCUUCAUAUUUGUAUAUAAUAUAUGCGAAGCUUGGAGACCAAUGCCUUUGAAGAUAUUUGAAUUGUUUUGAUGUCA